UCUUUCAAAAAAAUCUAAAUGUAUCUUUCCUUCACCGCCUUCAUUGGCUCUGUAACUGUGACCACUAUUGUUGAACUUUUAAACCCUUUCUUCUUCAUCUCUAAAACCCUACUACCAGUUUCUAAAUAUGACUGGUUAAUAACUUAUUAUUCUCCUUAUACCAUAUCCAAAUGGCAAUUAGUCUAGCUUUCGGAACUUCGUGUCAUCCCCAUUUUCGCCUCAAUUCAUCUCUCCUUCGUCGCGUUUCCACUGUUCGACUGAGUUCUAUUGCAGCCAUCAAAACAAUUGACGAGCCAGAUGGUUUCUCCACCGAUUCCGUUAAAAAAGGCAUAAAAAUGGCAUCGGAGUGGAAAAGGUUGAGCUCGAAGGAACUUGGAAUAUCAGAUUCGAUGAUUUCAAAGCCUACAAGGAUAGUCCUAAAUGGUCUCAAAAGAAAAGGAUUUGAUGUUUACCUCGUUGGUGGUUGCGUACGCGAUCUAAUACUAAACCGCACACCAAAAGACUUUGAUGUAUUAACUACAGCAGAAUUAAAAGAGGUGAUGAAAACUUUUUCUAGGUGUGAGAUUGUUGGGAGACGAUUUCCUAUUUGCCAUGUGCAUGUUGGUGAUGAUAUUGUAGAGGUUUCUAGUUUUAGCACUUCAGCAAGAAAUAGAAAUCAGUCAAUGGAAUCUGAUAUAGCUUUUGAACGACAUGAAGGAUUUGAGGAGAAAGAUUAUACUCGUUGGAGGAAUUGUAUGCAACGGGAUUUAACAAUAAACGGAUUGAUGUUUGAUCCAUAUGUGAAUACAAUUUAUGACUAUGUUGGAGGAAUUGAUGAUAUUAGAAAAGCUAAAGUGCGGACUAUUCAUCCUGCCAGCUUCUCAUUGGUGGAAGAUUGUGCUCGUAUACUACGUGCCAUUAGAAUCGCUGCUCGUUUAGGGUUUGGUUUUUCUAGAGAUACCGCGCGUGCAAUAAAACACCUUGCACCCUCUGUUCUUCCACUCGAUAAGGGGAGGCAUCUUAUGGAAGUGAAUUACAUGUUAGCAUAUGGUUCUGCAGAACCUUCAUUAAGGUUAUUAUGGAGAUUUGGUCUUUUAGAAUUGCUCUUACCAAUUCAGGCUGCAUAUUUUGUUCGUGAUGGUUUUAGGAGACGUGACAAGAAGACUAACAUGCUCUUGUCAUUGUUUUCAAACAUGGAUAAGCUCCUUGCACCGGAUCGGCCAUGUCAUAGUAGUUUAUGGGUGGCAAUCUUGGCGUUCCACAUGGCGUUAUUAGAUAAACCAAGGGACCCUUUGGUUGUUGCUGUAUUUAGUCUUGCUGUACACAAUGGAGGAGAUAUGAACGAAGCUGUUAGCAUGGCUAAAAGGAUUUCCAAACCACAUGCUAAAGGAAUCUACCAUGAAUUAUCAGAGCCUCAAGAUCUUGACCUAAAGACACUAAAAAAACAGGUUUUGGAUCUUGGGGUGUUUGUUAGUAGAGCAUUGUCUAACAUGACUGAUUCGUAUUAUGUCUCACAAGCAAUGAGUGGCUACCCUAAAGCACCUUAUUCUGAUUUGGUGUUUGUGUCUUUGCAUUUGUAUUUAAAGGGAGUGAAGAUAUUUGAGUGUGUUAAUAAAGGUAAGGAGGUGGGGUUUGUGGGGAAGCAAGGUGGGAAGAUUGAUUAUGAGUUGUUAGGUAUGGGGAGUUUACAGGAAGUGAGGCAUGUGUUUGCUAGGGUUGUGUUUGAUACUGUAUACCCAUUAGACAUUGGUUGUGGUUAAGGUCAUAGGUGUAGUGUGUGAUAUUAUAUAUCAAUUCAUGAAAUUAAAGAAUCUGUGGAUUACAAGAAAAUAGUUUUUAGAAAAAGUUGAUUUGUUAUAUUA